AUGCCACCGUCCCGCUGUGGACACCCCCACGCCACGCCGCCCAUCGCUGUCCAUCACCGCCGUUCUGAAGCGCAUCCAAACCUCUGGAACUACCAUGGGAUGCGCGCUCGCCUCGUGGAACCGCUUGCUGCCCAGACACCUCGCCUCCUGAAAUUCCACCCGGUGAGUGCCUCGCCUUUUACGCACGCCAGAUUUAA